CAUCUUUCCCAGUGUGGCUUUAGCCCCGGCAGCGUGGAUAAGCUUUACAAAGGAGAGAUGUGGAAGGUGAGGAACCAGAAAUUUCACCGGAAGCAUGUGAGAAACAGUGAGAGGACUGCACUGUCUUCGUGCUUCUUCUACAUACUUGGUGUGCGUUACAUCUUGACAGAGAUGAGUGAGAUACAGCUUUUUAAGGGACUCAUUAUGAAGAACGAUAAAGGGGAACUCGGGGAAACUUCCCAGGCUUCUACUUCUGCUGUUCCUGAAGGCUGGAAGCUCCACGGGACAUGGCCAUUGCUGGAUCCCCCAAGAUGGCGCUGCAGUGUUUUGCUGUCUUCACAUCCUGCUCGGCCUCAUCAGAGUCAAGAAGUCACUGACAGAACUGGGAUAUUUACUCUGGAGAGAAAGAAGCUUGGGAUGAAAGUGGGGAAGACAAUUGGCAGCUGUCUUCAACCAUCUGAAGAAGGGCUGGCAUGUGGAAAUAAGAUCCACAAUCCCAGGGGAGAGAAGGGUGAAAAGGGAAUAACCAUCACUCAACAGACCUCCUGCCUCUCACAAUCUAUAAAUGUCAGGACAGUUUGAAUACUGAAAGCCCUGAUCCUUCAUCCUUCAGGGACGGCCUUCUCUCAUGGAGCCAGACCAGGACCCGGUCUCAUGAGGACAGUGGGGAAGGGAAACUAGCCACGGGACUCAGGACAACUAGGUUCAGGUAGCAGCUCCAGCAGUGACUGGUACAGUCCAAGAUCUGUUGGCAAUGCAGCAAGUAUGUGGUUAUAAUCAAGAGGCCUUUGCAAAAUUAGGACCCAAGGAGGAGGUGAAGAAGCUCCAAAGAAGCCGAAGUUAUGGUGUCAAAGGCAUUUAGGAGGCACUCCAGGAAAUGCACAGGGCCUUGUUGCUGGACAUGUAAGUGGAGGUAUCCAGGAAGCUAAAAUGAGAAAAAAAAUCAGGAGUGGAGUAAUCUCCAAAGAUGCAGUCUACGACUUGUUUGUGCUCGAGGAUCCUAUGUAAGACACCACAUUACAUCAGGGCAGUACAUACUUGAUGAACAAGCUGGAAGACAAUACUGUGAGCUUCAUGAAGAAAGGAACUGUCAUUUUUUUGUUCAGCACUAUAAACCCAGAACCUUGCACAAUGCCUGGUACAUAGAUUUUCAGAGAAAAUUCUGGAAAGAAUGAUAUGCAGCAUGUGGAGUGAAAUAUUGAUUAAAACAAAAACAGCAUUAACAGAAAGCUGGAUGACUGGACCUUUAGGAACCAUCUUGGAUAAGAGUUAACUUUAAGAAGAGAAGCUACAUGUGAAGAGAGAUGGACCAAAAACAUGGAGCAAGCCUAGCCCCAUCAUGACACCAGGGAAUUUCUAAAGCUGCUGUGAACUCUUGAAUUCCUUCACAUGAGGGAGAAAAUAAGUCUCUGUUACUAGCUGUGUAAAGGAAAUUCCUAAGUGAGACAAAGUGUGAAAUGAAAAUCUUAACAGUUGUAUCUCCAUGUUGUAUACUUGAAACCCAUAUAAUAUUGUAUCUCAUAUGCUUCAAAUAAAAUAUUGUUAAAAAAAAAGAAAAUCCCCAAAUACCAAAACUACCUUAGAAAAUCAUUUAAAUGCCCCAUAAAAUGCUGUAAAGUAGUGUGGCAUAAGUCCUGAAAGGACAUAGGCAUGUGGAAAUGUUGAGUCUUUAAUUUUGGGGUCAAGAAAACAGACUAAAUUGAGCUCUCUCUCCUUGCAUUGCCUUAAAUUAAAUAUUUGCCCUUUAGAGAUGAUCCAUAUUGUUUCAGAGACUGUAAUUCAGAAAUUAAAAAUCAUGUGUGUUCUGAAGAGAAAAAUAUUGGGAAGCACCAGUAUAUAUAAUCCUAGAGCUGAUAGCAACAUAUGUGUCUGUCUAUGUGUGUGUUGUAUAUAUGGAAUUACUAAAUAUGAUUACAUAUUCACUUUUCACAGGUAAUUUUAUGACAUUAUUAAUGAUUUUUUAUGACUUUUAGUAAACAUUUCAAUUUUUUUCGGACCGCUGAACAAGUCAUCAGCAUGGACAUACUGACCACUACAGCAGGAUGACUGGGGUAUUUUAGUCAUGUACACUUUUCCCCCAGAGGUUUUGGAUGAGCUAAAUUUGGUUCCAUCUGGAUGGUUCCGAGGACCUCUGAAAGUGAGGUUAACAAGGUAGACCUGAGUGGAGAGGGGAAACCAACACUCCAUGAGCAGGAGCCUCAGAUCCCCAGUGUCUGCUCUUCAGCUUGAGAGCAACGGCAGCCAUGCCAGGACUAGAAAUGAAAGUUGUUUUCUAGUCAGGCACACCCCUCAUCCCCGAAGGGUCUGCCACAUCAAAGGUUUGAAUAAUAUUCCAAUUUGUACUGUGAAUGAUGAUGAGGACUCAUUCAGAACAGUGUGGGGUGUUGGCCAGUUCCACCACUUAGAUAAGGACGAGACACCAUUUGCCGAAUGCCGUUGUCCACCCAGCACCGCGGCUCCCGAGAGCCCUGUCAGAGGAGCCUCCCCGGCCCCAGACGGCGUCAAGACGCCACCAUGGCCUCGUUCUGAGCCCUGUAGAAAAACCAAGGAGUGCUUCAGAACUUCCAGUGAGAAUCCCUUAGUAAUUAAAAAGGAAGAAACGAAAGUAAAAAACCCACCAUCACCUCCAAAGCCUUGCUGUACUCCUGGCUCUUGUUCUUCAGAGGUGAUGAGUGCCAAGACUGGCAUCAAAGAGAACACUGUUUGCAUACCAAACUACCUGGAUCAGGAAAUCAAAAUUCUGGUAAAGCUCUGUAACAUUUUACGUACUGAUUCCCUGGCAGAAGUUUUGCAGUGGCUGGUUAAUGCAAGUUCAAAAGAAAAAGAGUGGGUCUCAGCUUUGAUUCAUGCUGAGCUGGCUGAGAUGAACUUGCUGGCUCUGCACCAAAAAGGCACCUCGGCAGAACCAGCAGCAGAGACUCGGAAGCCAUCCAAAGUUAAAUCACCCCCAAAUUCACCCACAGAAUCCAAGGUGCUGACCAGAUCUAGGAAAGAACAUCAACUGACCAGAGUGUCAACUCAAGGAUCUGAAGGAAAUAAGAAGUGCCAAAAGGCUGAGCACAAGCCUCCAUUGUUUAUAAGAAGAAAUAAGAUGAAAAUACCUGUUGCAGAAUAUUUCAGCAAACCGUCUUCUCCCACACCUAAAACUCACGCGAGCAUAUCAACAAAACCAAUGUCAGCAAGAAGUCUUCAACAAGGAUACGAUCUCUCUCCCCAAAGAGCACUUUAUCCUUUAACAUACUAAAGGUAGACAUUCUAGACUGGGCUAAUUCUUUCAUAAACAUACUUGGGUACAACUUAAACUAUUUUUAAAAAAAUAUUUUGGUAUUUAGGAAUCAUCUCCUCUAUAUGGUGACACAUGUAAAUCACAAAGCACCUGUAUAUAAUGGUACUAAAUAAAAAUUAAUGGAAACAAUAUUUUUAUUUGUAAUUUUUAUGCCACGUGUAAUAGAAAUACAUUUAUUUAUUUACUACAUUUCCAGUCUUACACUAUUGUCUAGGUAGAUAAGUAUACAGCCCUCAUACUAGAAAAACAAACCAGAGUAAAAAACAGGCAGUUACAAUUCAACACCUGCCCCAAAGUCUGAUAGAGAAAAUAACAAAACAGAAUUUUUACAUCUCAGCUAAUUUUUGCAAUCUACAGUUUCAGUGUUGUUGGAUUAUGGAAAAAUGCUCACCUCCUGCCAAAAAAAAAGAUAUGAGAAUUAUCCCCAAUUUAAUUCAGUUAGAUGGUUUUUUCCAUUUUAUUAUCACUUUAAAAACCCCUAGAUCUUGGAUGUAGUGCUAUGUUUUACAAUAUUCCUAUUUUUUAUUUCAUUGAUCUCUCCUUUCACUUUUUUAAUUUUUUUAUUUUGAUAUCAUUAAUGUACAAUUACUUGAACAAAAUUAUGGUUACUAGACUCCCCCCAUUAUCAAGUUCCCUCCACAUACCCCAUUACAGUCAUUGUCCAUCAGUGUAGUAAGAUGCUAUAGAAUCACUACUUGUCUUCUCUGUAUAUACUGGCUUUCCCAUGUCCCCACCCCCUACAUUAUGUGUGUUAAUCGUAAUGCCCCAUUUUCCCCCUUAUUCCUCCCUUCCCACCCACCCUCCCCAGUCUCUUUCCCUUUGGUAACUGUUAGUCCAUUCUUGGGUUCUGUGAGUCUGCUUCUGUUUUGUUCCUUCAGUUUUUUGUUGUUAUACUCCACAGAUAAGUGAAAUCAUCGGAUACUUGUCUGUCUCUGCCCAGCUGAUUUCACUGAACAUAAUACCCUCUAGCUCCAUCCAUGUUGUUGCAAAUGGUAGGAUUUGUUUUCUUCUUAUGGCUGAAUAAUAUUCCAUUGUGUAUAUGUACCACCUCUUCUUUAUCCAUUUAUCUACUGAUGGACAGUUAGGUUGCUUCCAUUUCUUGGCUAUUGUAAAUAGUGCUGCAAUAAACAUAGGAGUGCAUAUGUCUUUUUCAAACUGGGCUGCUGCAUUCUUAAGGUAAAUUCCUAGGAGUGGAAUUCCUGGGACAAAUGGUAGUUCUAUUUUGAGUUUUUU